UCAGUGACGCGGCAGGUUUUUUCUCCGCUCAUCUAGUCUCGAGCCACUACAACACAAAACACCUCCGUCUGUUUACAGUCUCUCUAGAAGCAGCGGGCGGACAACACCAUUUUACAGGCAUAUAUAUAUAUUUUUAAUUUCAUUCCUCUGUUCUUCUUCCGAGCCCGAGACUGUCUGGGAUCACAGCACAUACAACGGCAGAAAAAAAUAUUUUUGUUUGAAUUUAGAGGAGAAGUCUCAACACCUGCCUUUGUUAGCAAGUUAGCCUCGCGUGCCCUUAUAGAAGCUCCUCAUCCAUUAUUCUGUUUUUUAUUUAUUUUAUUUAAUAAUUUAUUCAGUCAGGCAGCAGUUGUAGCUAAACCUGGGCUAACGAAGCAGCUCUUUGUUCGUGCCUCGGAGAGAAAACACACCAGCACCGCCAAGAAAGCAAGCCAUACAGGAUUGGAAUGACAUGAGGUUGCAGUGAUGAUGAGGAUGAUGAUGGUGAUGAAGAGGAGACAGAGCUGAGAGCUGAGUGUGUGUGGUGGUGUUGCGUUCACAUUGGGAGCGGAAAGAACCCCCUCCCCCACACACACUGCAUCCAUGUUCUCCCCCGACCAGGAAAACAUCUCCACGUCGUCAACCAAAGUGCCAGUCAAAUACGGAGAACUCAUUGUGCUCGGGUAUAAUGGCUCUCUGCCCAAUGGGGACCGCGGCAGAAGGAAGAGCAGGUUUGCACUCUUCAAAAGGCCCAAAUCCAGCGGUGUCAAACCGAGCACUGUACACGUAGCCUGCACCCCUCAGGCAGCCAAGGCCAUAAGUAACAAGGAUCAGCACAGUAUUUCCUACACGUUGUCCCGAGUACAGACGGUGGUGGUGGAGUACACUCAAGACAGCAAUACAGACAUGUUUCAGAUUGGCCGCUCAACUGAGAGUCCUAUAGAUUUUGUGGUGACCGACACUGUUCCCGGGAGUCAGAGUAACUCUGACACUCAGUCAGUUCAGAGCACCAUAUCUCGCUUCGCAUGCCGGAUCAUGUGUCAGCGAACGCCCCCUUACACCGCCCGCAUCUAUGCCGCCGGAUUCGACUCCUCCAAGAACAUCUUCCUAGGGGAGAAAGCAGCAAAGUGGAAGACAUCGGAUGGACAGAUGGACGGUCUGACUACUAACGGUGUGUUAGUAAUGCACCCUCGUCACGGUUUCACAGAGGACUCCAAACCCGGCGUUUGGAGAGAGAUUUCGGUGUGCGGAAACGUGUUCACCCUGAGAGAGACGCGCUCUGCUCAGCAGCGAGGGAAAAUGGUGGACAAUGAGACUCAAGAGUUGGUGGACGGCUCUUUGAUCGAUCUCUGUGGAGCAACUCUCUUGUGGCGUACCGCUGAGGGUCUUUCCCGUACCCCCACCGUCAAACACCUGGAGGCGCUCCGGCAAGAGCUGAAUGCUGCUCGUCCUCAGUGUCCCGUGGGUUUCAACACCCUCGCCUUCCCCAGCAUGCGGAGGAAGGACAUCGUUGACGAGAAGCAGCCCUGGGUCUACCUAAACUGCGGCCACGUUCAUGGCUACCACAACUGGGGCAACCGCGACGCAGAGCGAGACGGAAGGGAGGGCCGGGAGCGGGAAUGUCCCAUGUGUCGCGCUCGCGGGCCCUAUGUGCCUCUGUGGCUGGGCUGUGAGGCGGGGUUUUAUCUGGAUGCAGCCCCUCCCACUCAUGCGUUCAGCCCAUGCGGCCACGUGUGCUCAGAAAAAACAGCAGCAUAUUGGAGUCAAAUCCCUCUUCCUCACGGAACGCACACCUUCCAUGCCGCGUGUCCUUUCUGCGCCCAGCAGCUCAGCGGCGAGCAGGGAUACAUCAGACUGAUCUUCCAGGGGCCUGUGGACUAAACACACCUGCCUAUGACCUUUUGCCCUACAAACCCUAUUUGACAAACAUUAGUCAGGUGUUUCUUUCUGUUGUUCCUAUCAUUUGAUUUUAUAAAGAUGACAUUUUCUGCGCUCUCA